AUGUGUAACGGCAAGUCUCAUAAUGCGCACCUCAUCUUCGUCAAGAAUGUCCCAGGCCACCUUUGGGCAGAAGGCAUACCCAGGCUCUUCAACGAAUACAAGCCCCUUGAGACUAAGAACAUCUUCCCGGGAAACAGCAUCACCACAGUGGUUCUCAGGUUCAGUUCGCACGCCGAGGCUCUCCGCGCGAAAGAAGGCGUGCAUGAUAAGCGCCUAGGAAACGCGGUACUUCGCACGGAAAUGUACGAAGACCGCAGGUCAAUCCGCUUCAAUCGAGUACAAGAAAGAGCAAAAGCAAACACAAAUGACAAGCCAAAAGACAAAGCCGAAGAUGCUGAGGAGGCCCCAGAACAGGCACCCACGUACACGAUACGCAAACCGCGCAGCAAGAAAAAUCUCGUUCCCGCAAAAGCCCCCAACAUGAUCGCAGGCAACACUUGGGCUACUAUCGCAAGCCGACCCCGCAUAGAAAAGUGCUCUGAAUUGCCCGAUCUCCCUACGACUAGCAGCCCAAAGACCGCGCAAGCAUACGUGGACCAGACCGGUACGACCGGCACUGCGCCUCCCAACAAUCCUCUAUCUGAAGAAGAGAACCCUUUCUUGGAUCUUCCCGCUGAUGCGCCUAGAGAGGAGUUCGCUGAGUCAGAUCCCGACGCAACCGACGAGGAUUCCGAUGAGUCACCUGAAGAUUGGUCCCUUGUCACAGCCCCGGACACUGCCUCUUAUAACGCGCACAGUACCGCCCACACUACGCCCGAGAAAGGAGCCAGCAAGGCAACCGUUGCAGAUAGCGAUCAGGAAAACACGGUGCGCAACAACGCAGCUCCCGCUCAGCCACCCAUCAACAUCAGCUUCGCAUACGACAGUAACGCGCAUAACACUUCCGGCCCAUCGCAGAUCGUGGAUACCACGGUGCACAUACAGGCGAAUCACCAACCUCACUGCGCAUUUUGUGUGAAGAGGGACGCAGCCAAAUUGAGAGCCAGUGAAAGGAAUGCUACGGAGCCCAGGGAAAACGGACCUUGGAACCGAGAGUAG